AUGGUUUGCCGGUUCCACCGCACCGGUUUAUGGGUUCUACCACCAUGGUUUGCCAGUUCUACUGUUGCGGUUUACCGGCUCUACCAUCACGGUUUACCAGUUGUACCACACCAGUGUGCCGGUUCUACUGUGCCAAUUUGCCAACUCUACCGCCACGGUUUACUGGUUCUACCGCUGUGGUUUGCCGGUUCUGCCGCCAUAGUUUACCAGUUUUACCGUGCCGGUUCUGCCAUGACUGUUUGGCAGUUCUACCGCCAGGGUUUACUGGUUCUACUGCCGUGGUUUGCUGGUUUGACCAUGCUGGUUUGCCGGUUCUACCACCAUGGUUCACCGGUUCUACCACACCGGUUUGCCAACUCUACCACUACGGUUUGCCGGUUCUACCGUGCCGGUUUGCUGACUCUACCAGCACAGUUUGCCGGUUCUACCACCACGGUUUACUGGUUCUACUGCCACAGCACCGAACCGGGAGCGGUGCGCAUCGUCUGCGGUCACCACAACUGGAUCGCGGUGGCUUACGCCCAGUUCCUGGUCUGCUAUAGGAUGAAGGAGACCUCGGGGUGGCAGCAGGUCUUCUCCAGCCCCCGCCUGGACUGGCUCAUCGAGCGGGUGGCCCUCAACGCCAAAGUCCUCGGCGGAGCGUUGGGGGACCACGACAAGAUGGUGGCGGUGGCCUCCGGCAACGAGAUCAUCCUCUGGGCCCUGCAAGCUGACGGCAACGGCAACGAGAUCGGCGUCUUCCACCUGGGAGUGCCGGUGGAAGCCCUCUUCUUCGUGGGCAACCAACUCAUCGCCACCAGCCACACCGGCAAAAUCGGCGUCUGGAACGCCGUCACCAAACACUGGCAGAUCCAAGAGGUGGUCCCCAUCAACAGCUACGACGCCGCCGGCACCUUCCUCCUCCUCGGCUGCAACAACGGCUCCAUCUACUACGUGGACGUCCAGAAGUUCCCCCUGCGCAUGAAGGACAACGACCUGCUGGUGACGGAGCUUUACCGCGACCCCACCGAAGACGCCGUCACUGCACUCAGCGUCUACCUCACCCCCAAAACCAGUGACAGCGGUAACUGGAUCGAGAUCGCUUACGGCACCAGUUCCGGCGUCGUACGGGUCAUCGUCCAACACCCCGAAACGGUGGGAUCUGGUCCUCAACUCUUCCAAACCUUCACCGUCCACCGCAGUCCCGUCACCAAAAUUAUGCUGUCGGAGAAACACCUCAUCUCCGUUUGUGCCGACAACAACCACGUCCGCACGUGGACGGUGACGCGCUUCCGCGGCAUGAUCUCCACCCAACCCGGUUCCACGCCCUUGGCUUCCUUCAAAAUCCUUUCCUUGGACGAUCUGGAGUCGCCCUCCUCCUGCGCCGCCGGCGGCGACAUCGGACCCUUCGGCGAGCGGGACGAGCAGCAGGUCUUCAUCCAACGGGUUGUGCCGGACGCGUGCCAACUCUUCGUCCGCCUUUCCUCCACCGGCAAACGGUGA